GCAGACGGAGGGAGAGGAGAGGAGAAGGAGGAUCUUCUCAUCUAGGACUAGUGUAGAGUGAAGAAGAAGAAGAAGGAGGAAUAUACUGCAGCCAUCAUCCGGCUCCCCUCUCCCCCCCAUCCUCCUUUCUCUUCUUCUCCUCUUGCCAAUGACACUAUCAUGAACCUGCCUGCCGCUUGUUGCUAAGAGGGGAGCCAAGCGGGUGGACUGGACUGGCCACUGUUUGCUUUCUAAGUCUUUAUGAGCGCCGUGUGGCGCUGUGAACAGACACGCAGACGGAACCACGUGACACUCCAAACCAUAGAAGAAGAAAGAACAUAAGAUCGUCGUCUUCCGCUUACGAGAAGUGGAAUUACUUCUGCGAGUCACUAUGGAGUAUAAGACUACAAAAUAUCAGGAGAACGUGGACUGAGGUUUGGGUGAACAUGGCAGAAGGAUCCAAAGAGCGGGCCGGUGUCACCGAUCCAGACGAGGACUCCCCGAACAUGAUUGUCUACAGAAAGAUUGAGGACAUCGUCACAAGAAUACAAGAUGAGAAAGCCGGAGGAGUCUCCAUUCGGACCGUCAAGAGCUUUCUGUCCAAGAUCCCCAGUGUGGUAUCAGGGGUGGACAUUGUUCAGUGGCUGAUGAAAAACCUCUGUAUAGAAGAUCCAGCUGAGGCCAUCCACCUUGGAAGUUUGAUUGCAGCCCAUGGCUACAUCUUCCCCAUCUACGACCAUGUCCUCAUGCUCAAAGAUGACGGAACUCUUUACCGCUUUCAGUCUCCAUACUUCUGGCCUUCAAACUGCUGGGAGCCUGAGAACACCGACUAUGCCAUCUACCUGUGCAAGCGCACCAUGCAGAAUAAGGCCAGGCUGGAGCUAGCCGACUAUGAGGCUGAGAACCUUGCUCGGCUACAGAGGGCUUUUGCCAGGAAGUGGGAAUUUAUCUUCAUGCAAGCUGAGGCUCAAGUCAAAAUCGACAGAAAGAAGGACAAGGCAGAAAGGAAGAUACUGGAUAGCCAAGAGAGGGCAUUCUGGGAUGUCCAUCGACCAGUGCCAGGCUGCGUCAACACCACCGAGAUGGACAUCCGCAAGUGCCGCAGAGAGAAGAACCCUCACAGGGUCAAAAAGUCAGUUUAUGGGCUUCCAGAUGACAGCCACAGCCAACCCAGUCCCGUCCACAUCAGCUCUCAGCCUGCCAGGAAGCCCACCAAAGAGGACGUUCAGAAGGAGAUCACCUUCCUCAACAUCCAGCUGGACCGACACUGCAUGAAGGUUUCCAAAGUAGCAGACAGCCUGAUGAGCUACACGGAGCAGUUCAUGGACUAUGACCCCUUUAUGUCGGCCAUUGACCCCUCCAACCCUUGGGUCAGUGACGACUCCUCCUUCUGGGACCUUGAGGCAAGUCGGGAUCCCAGCCAACAGCGCGUAAAGAAGUGGGGCUUCUCUUUAGAGGAAACUCUGAAAGACCCGGCAGGACAAGACCAGUUCCUGAGAUUCUUGGAGUCAGAGUUCAGCUCAGAGAACCUACGGUUUUGGUUAGCAGUGCAGGAUCUGAAGCGACGGCCACUGCAGGAGGUUCCCUCCAGGACCCAGGAGAUCUGGCAAGAGUUCCUGGCCGAAGGAGCACCCAGCUCCAUCAACCUGGACUCUCACAGCUACGAACGCACCAGCCACAACCUGAAGGACCCUGGACGCUACAGCUUUGAGGACGCUCAGGAGCACAUCUUCACGCUGAUGAAAAGUGACAGCUAUGCACGCUUUUUGCGAUCCAACGUCUACCAAGACCUGCUGUUUGCCAGAAAGAAGCAACAGCCUGCUGACCCCGAACAAGGCCGCCGCACCUCCUUGGAGAAGUUCACCCGCAGCGUGGGCAAGUCACUGACAGGCAAGCGUCUAACGGGCCUGAUGCAGUCAUCCUGACAGAGUCUGGAGUUCGGAAGGGAUGGGGGGCACAGUGAGGCCCCACAUAAAAUGGGGCUGGCUGCCACUCUAUUGACGUCUUUGAGGACUGCCACCAUACUGGUCACAUAGCACUGAGCUAGCUGGGACGGACGCUAAGACCAGAGCCAGAACCGGGAAAUAAGCGCAUGACAAGACAUGCAACAUACGCUACAGCCUCCUUUACACAACCGGUUGUUAAAUAAACUGUUUAUAUUCAUAUUAUUUUCUAUAUGUGUGUACUGUGUAUCCUAUUAAAAGCACAUUUUUUGAAAUGCUACAUUUAAAAGCUAUUUCACACAAGUGUUUAUUUGCCCUGAACGCAGCACAGUUCCAUUUGAUUUGCCAGCAAUAAAGGGAGCGUGAGACCACCUGCUUUUUCGAUAUUUUUGAAUGGGUUUCAUACUUUUGUCUGUGUAGUACAGUGUAUGAUCAACAGUAUACAUAUGCAUUAUAUAGUAUGUACUAGUUGGUUACAAAUAUACAUUGAAAUGCAAUUAAAUGAGCAAAAAAAACAGGAAAAGUUCAAAGAAAACUGCACUUUUUAAAUUGGAAAUCCUUACGUGAGACAUGAACACAUAUGUCUUUCUUUUUUUGGUGUGUUCUAAAGGUAUUCAAACAGUUAUAAAGAGCUCAUUACUGCACACAUGGGACUUAUUCCUCCUAUAAAGUUAAAGUUAAAAGAAAAAGUCUCCAAAAUGUGCCAACAACGCUCCAUUUACAUACUGUAUAAUGUGAUGUGCAUAUUAACCAAGCUACAGCGACAUUGUUAUGAUCAUUAUUAACAUUGUUACGCCGAUGGAACUACAUUACUAGCAUAUUGACACUUAGCCAGAACACACCAGCUAGCUACUAGCCGGCUAGCGACUAGCUUCACCACAGACUCGCUUGUAGCGCGUCGGCGUCGCGCUCACAACGCCUCAGACACUACCAAAAGGUAAGGCUACAUUUUUGAGAUGCCGGCACUGCUGCUGUGUUUUUAUUUCUGAGUUUGGAUAAGUUAGCGCCAGGUGGAGGCAUUUGUUUCUACGACGUUAUGUGAAAUCAAUGUGCCAAGCAAGGAAGUUCCGGUAAUGCUUAGAAUGACCGAAAUACGCAAAAU